AUGUCAGAGGUCAAGGACUUUGAACGCCGUCAGCGAUUCAAGAAGUAUCUUGUAGAACACGAGUCUCGCACUCCCCAGCCUCCACAGCCAAUGGCCUCUGGACAGCCCAAUCCAAACGCGGAGGAUGUCUUUCAGGAACCUGACAUCGACAGUGACACGAGGGAUACAAAGGACAUAUCCCCAAGUUCGGAGCAGGGCGAAACUCCCAGACUAUUGGCCAUACGACCAAAACGACCUCCAAGGACGGAUGCUCCGGGAGAGUCCAGCUCCCAAUCUGCUGCAUCAACACCCUCGCCAGGCCUUGCCUCGAGCAUGGGAGGUAUACCGCAGUCGCCAUUCCCGUCUUGGUCAGGCGAUGCGAGGAUACUGCCUCCACCGUUCUCGCUGGGUACAAGAGUCGCGCCUGACGAGCACACUUUACCUUCACCGUCGCCCCGUACGAGACCUUCAACGGCCUACGAUGACCGGGUCCAAGGACCGGAGCCGCCAAUGACACCGCCGAGAAGAUCCUCGAUGAGGGACCCGCACACUCGACCACGAACCAGUCCUUCGUCUGCAGCUGGUGCGACGGGAAUUGUCCGUUCGGCCGUGAGGUUCGUGGAGUCGUACGUCCAAUCGGCACGCGGUAUUUCAACACCAUCACGUGGACUCCGCUCGACGUCUGGAUCACCCACACCCACACCCACACUCGUAGGUAGAGGUGAGGGAUGGCAAGGCGGCACCUCAAUGGUCGGCGAUCCAAGAAUCAGGGUCUAUGACGAUUCGCUGCCUGCAUCAUCGCAGCCACAGACUCCUCAGCACGUCCCCGAGGCUCGCCAUCAGAGUCGGCUUCACGGCGCGUACACAGCGCCCGUUGCACGCGUCGCACCUCGGCCUGGUGGCUACCAUUCCAGCACUAUUCGAGGUCAGCGAGGCAGAGGUCAAAGCCCUCCGGGAUUAGAGACACCGGGGUUUAGAGGUCUAUACGGCGGCAUUGAGAAUGGGGACGAUUCCACGUUGUUUGAAGAAGCCUCUCGAUUACAUGAGGGUCACGGGGAAGAUGAGGAGGGCGUCAGACCAGGUCGAAGUGAGGAUAAUCCAGCUCAUACAUCGAGCAGCAGACAUUGAACUGGAAUAAACGGAGCAGAGUUA